GGGGAGGGACAGACACAGAGAACAGGAAUGAUGGAGAAGGAGUAACGUGGCCAUGCUAAUGCGAGGCUGCAGGUAUGCACAGUAAGGAAACGCACGCUGGGCGCUGACAGGCACAGACACAGGAGCCAGGGAACCGAGACGCCGGACGCCAUGUUCCCUCUGAGGAUGGUCAUCGUGGGCUUUCUCUACUGCUGCAUCAGAACAGGUCUCAUGCAAUCUAACACUAAAGCCCUGUUCCCGGCCGCCAGCCAGACAAAAAGAGGGGCUGCAGGCGAGGUGAACCCCACUUUCUGCAACUCCUCCGAGGAUGUCAAUCUAUUAUUUGAGAUCCUACUGACUGGCAUUCACUUCCAGGCCAGCGGGGAGUUUUCAGUGAGAGACGCUGAGCUGGCUUCCCUCCGCAAAACACAACACCUGGAGGUCAUCUGUGAGGAGAUCAUCCCCAGGAAGCUGACGGACAUUUUCAGGCUCAUCUCUGGCCUUUCGGAUCACACUGGUCAGCUGCACCAGGAUGAUUUCGAGCGCACUUUGCUGACCUUGGUGUACAUCACACAGCAGAUGGUCGAGUCCACCUCUGAACAGCAGCGAGACGUCUGGGCAGAGACUUUCGUCAGCCUCUACAAAGCCAUCAAGCAGGAUCUGACCGGGACAUAGUGAGCGGACACAGCGUUUGUUCACUAGCACCAGGGGGCGAUCACAGGACUGACUGAUGAGAGCGGAGGAAACCAAAUGUACAAUCAUCAUUAUUGUGCCAUUCUUAUGCAAGCUGGGAUCUGUCACCUCGAAAAGUCAUGUGAAAAUACUUUGCACCACGUGGUUACAGUACAGGGUCCUUGUCCAGAUUGAGCUGCCUCUGAUGGUAGUGUCUUUGGAAAAAAUCCCCCCCGAAAAAAAUGGCACGCUGGAGCAAGACAGAAACUCAAAGGCCGACUCCAACAAUGAUCUGUGCAGGCUCCGGGUGUCCUUCAGGCGGCUGCUUGGGAUCCAGAGAACUGGUAUCUGCUCCAGAUUUCUCACCGGGGGGGCAGAAGGGCACGUACCGGAGCCACGGCGAGGACGACAAGUAGGAGCUGAGGCCGAAGGGAAGGUUGUAGACCUCUCCGCUCUCCAGCGUGUUGCUGGAGUCGUCCUCGUGAGCCUUGUUCCAGGCGUGGAGGCCUCGUUCAUGGUUGGAUCCUGUUGGACAUGAGUUGAAGGUGUUUAAUCAUUCAAGUGCAGUUUACUCAAGGAAUCAGAUCAAGUUCCUCUCUGACUUUUUUGGUUGGGAGAAAUGUUUUGAGGAUAAGCUCAUCAUUAUCUUAUAUUAAAAACUAAAGGGUUUUGUAAUUUUGAAUUGAACGCUUGAAAAGUAUGUCAAAUUAUGAGAUGCUUGCACUUUACUUGAUUAUUUCCGCUCUCUGCUAAAUAAAUUUUUCUCCAGCACAAUUCAGAGUCAAAUACUUUCCGUCUCACUUAGUUAUUAAAAACUGUCAAG